CCUCACAGUCCGGCGGUCUGCGGCGGGAGACGAGCCUCAGGAGGCGCUCCUUCAGCUGCUCCCUGUCAACAUCACUGCUCUAACCCUUUAUCAUGAGACACACAACAACAGCCAAUCACAGCUGAGAGCACUCUACAAUCAGGACUCUAAUCAUGAAGGAGACAAGAGGAGGACAGAAGGAGACCGGAGGGGGAAGGAAGGAAGCAGGAGGAGGAAAGAAGGAGACAGGAGGACAGAAGGAGACAUGUGGAGGGCAGAAGGCAAAAGGAGGAGGAAAGAAGGAGACAGAAGGACAGAAGGAGACAUGUGGAGGACAGGAGACAGGAGGAGGAAGGAAGGAGACAAAAGGACAGAAGGAGACAUGUGGAGGACAGAAGGAGACAGGAGGAGGAAGGAAGGAGACAGAAGGACAGAAGGAGACAUGUGGAGGACAGAAGGAGACAGGAGGAGGAAGGAAGGAGACAAAAGGACAGAAGGAGACAUGUAGAGGACAGAAGGAGACAGGAGGAGGACAGAAGGAAGCAGGAGAAGGACAGAAGGAGGAAGGAGGAGGAAACAGGAAGCUCUCCCGCUCCUUCACCACUUUGAGCACCAUCGCCAUCGCGGCCGGCCAAUCACUGAUGGUGGUUUCCGUCCUGAAGAGUGGGUCUCUGGUUCACCUCCAGCUGGUUCAGGUUCAUCCAGGUCUCUGUGAGAUCGGAUCAAACCAGGAUGAGAACCAGGAACUGAUCCAGGAGCUGCAGGAGCUGCUGGACAAACUCAAGAAACACGAGGAGGAGGUCCUGUCUGCGGUGAGGAGGAGGAGGGUGGAAGGGAUGGAGGAUCAGGAUCAGGAGGCGAUGACGGCCUCUCUGAGAGACGGCUGGUUUCUCCUCCUGCAGCUCCUACUCAGACGGCAGGAGGUGCUGCUCCUCGCCGCAGACUUCCACCGCCGGGCGCAGGAGGUUGAAUGUACACUCCUCUGACCUCCUGCAGACAGUAAUAAUGAUAGCGCAGUAGCGGGAUGUGUCGUCGUCGUGUCUCUCUGGAGGACAUUUGUGUAGCCUCACAUUCCUGAGGCGGGGCUGGCUAUUUGCUGGAGCAGCUGCUGCAGAUCUGUCCCACAAUGCCGUCUGUUUCGACGUGCAGUGAUUUCAAAUUCAGUUUCGAAUCAGUCCAGAAAUCAUAAAAAUAAGACAACUAUA